UCCAAGGCAGGAAAAUGGCGAUGUCGGGCUGUGCAGCGCGGGGCGGCAGGAGAGCGGGCUCGGAGCGGGGUCUGCGGGGACCGGCGGGGCCUGGGAGAAGCGCGCUGCUGGCGCUAGCGCUGUGCCUGGUGGUGCGGGCGGUCUCGGGAGACGGGAAGACCCUGGUUCUGCUGGAUAACCCGAACAUCAGAGACACCCAUUCAAUCUUCUUCCGCAGCCUAGCAGAUCGUGGAUUCGACCUCACAUUUAAGACUGCUGAUGAUCCUAGCCUCUCCUUGAUCAAGUAUGGCCAGUUCCUCUACGACCAUCUCAUCAUUUUCUCCCCGACUGUGGAAGAUUUUGGAGGAAACAUAAAUGUUGAGACCAUCACAGCUUUCAUUGAUGGUGGAGGCAACGUUCUAGUGGCAGCCAGCUCAGAUAUUGGUGACCCACUGCGAGAGCUGGGAAGUGAAUGUGGAAUUGAGUUUGAUGAAGAGAAAACUGGUGUUAUUGACCAUCAUAAUUAUGACGUGUCUGAUCCUGGUGAGCACACUCUGAUUGUUGCAGACCCAGAGAACCUCCUUAAAGCUCCGACCAUUGUUGGCAAGCCCACUGAGAAACCCAUCCUCUUCAAAGGUGUUGGCAUGGUGGCCGAUCCUGACAACCCUCUGGUCCUGGACAUUCUGACCGGCUCCUCCACCUCUUAUUCCUAUUUCCCUGAUCGUCCAAUUACACAAUACCCUCACGCAGUUGGAAAGAACACCCUCCUGAUUGCUGGUCUCCAAGCAAGAAACAAUGCUCGUGUGGUCUUCAGUGGUUCAUUAUAUUUCUUCAGUGAUGCUUUCUUCAACUCCGCUGUGCAGAAAGCCGUCCCAGGCUCUAAGAGGUUCUCACAGACUGGUAACCAGGAUCUAGCUGAAGCUCUGUCGCGCUGGGUGUUUAAAGAGGCAGGUGUCCUCAGAGUUGGGGCUGUAACCCAUCACCCAGUGGGGGAGAGCACUCCUCCUGCAGCUUACACCAUCACUGACCUUGUGGAGUACAGCAUUGUGAUUGAGAUGUUGUCUGAGGGCCGAUGGGUGCCGUUUGAUGGAGAUGACAUUCAGCUAGAGUUCGUCAGAAUUGACCCCUUCGUCAGGACCUACCUCAAGAAAAAUGGAGGCAAAUACAGUGUCCAGUUUAAGCUGCCUGAUGUGUACGGAGUGUUUCAAUUUAAAGUCGAUUACAACAGACUGGGAUACACACAUCUUUACUCCUCCACACAGGUCUCUGUGCGUCCACUGCAGCACACCCAGUAUGAGCGUUUCAUUCCCUCUGCGUUCCCCUACUACGCCAGCGUGUUCUCCAUGAUGGCUGGACUGUUCGUCUUCAGUUUUGUCUUCCUUCACAUGAAAGAGAAGGAGAAGUCUGAUUAAGCUGGAGGUUUUUUUUAUUUAGAAAAUGUAAUGUAAUGAGAUUGGGUUGAUCCAGUCUUCUUGCACAAGUCAUUGGGGGAAAUGUUGGAGUGUGCUGGUGUGGGGUCAUGAGUCAAAUAUGCCACUACAGGUUUUAAGCAGCAUUUGUUGAUUCUUUUUUUUUAUGAGUUCAGUUUUUGUUGUUGAACGAUUUUCAGGCUGUUCCAUCCAUCAUUCACUUAUUUAAAUAAAACGAGAGGUCCGUUUGUGAACUUAAAUGCUGUUUUGAUUAGAACCCCAUGACAGACAAUGCACUGAUCUGUUUGUAAAGCUUGGACGAAGGAUGUUCAAAUUCUGUAAAAUCACCAAAAUAAAAUGUCCAUUCCACCUCUCUUCUAAA